UCAAAAGACUACUCUUCGUUUCAAAAGUUAUCUUUACGUACACCUUUCUAUAAGAAUGUGGAGGCUAAAGGUUUCAGAAGGCGGGAAAGAUCCAUACAUAUUCAGCACAAACAACUUUGCCGGAAGGCAGACAUGGGAGUUUGAUCCUGAAGCAGGCUCUUCUGAGGAGAGAAGUGAGGUUGAAGAAGCUCGCAAAAAUUUCCACAAGAAUCGUUUUAAAACCAAGCCUUGUUCAGAUCUCCUUUGGCAAUUCCAGUUUCUUAGAGAAAAGAAAUUCAAACAGACGAUUCCUCAAGUGAAGGUUGAAGAUGGAGAAGAGAUCACUUAUGAAAUUGCUACAGCCGCAUUGAUGAGGGCAGUCAGAUUGUUAACAGCUCUGCAAGCUAGUGAUGGCCACUGGCCUGCUGUCAAUACGGGCCCAUUGUUUUACCAUACUCCAUUUGUUAUGUGUCUAUACAUUACAGGAUAUCUCAAUGUUAUAUUAUCUCCUGAACACUGCAGAGAGAUGCUUCGUUAUAUAUACUGUCAUCAGAAUGAAGAUGGUGGAUGGGGAUUACACAUUGAGAGUCACAGCACAAUGUUUUGUACUGUUUUCAACUACAUUUGCAUGCGUUUACUUGGGGAAGGACCUGAUGGUGGUGAAGAUAAUGCUUGUGCAAGAGCAAGAAAAUGGAUUCUCGAUCAUGGCAGUGCAACAUCAAUUUCAUCUUGGGGAAAGACUUGGCUUGCUAUACUCGGUGUGUAUGAAUGGUCUGGAUGCAACCCUAUGCCCCCAGAAUUUUGGUCAUUUCCUUCUUUUCUUCCCAUCCAUCCAGCAAAAUUGCUUAGUCAUUGUCGGCUUACUUAUAUGCCAAUGUCAUAUUUAUAUGGGAAAAGAUUUGUUGGUCCAAUCACACCUCUCAUUUUACAAUUGAGAGAAGAACUCUACAAUGAGCCUUUCAAUAACAUAAAUUGGAGCAAAAUGCGGCAUUUAUGUGCAAAGGAGGAUGUCUACUAUCCCCGUACUUUGAUACAAACUGUGCUAUGGGAUGUUCUUCACACAACUGCGGAGCCUAUUUUAACCAGUUGGCCCUUUAAAAAGUUUAGAGAAAAGACUCUCCAAAUAACCAUGAACCACAUUCACUAUGAAGAUGAGGCCAGUCGAUACAUUACCAUUGGUUGUGUUGAAAAGGCGCUAUUUAUGCUUGCUUGUUGGGUUGAAGAUCCUAAUGGAGAACAUUUUAAGAAGCACCUAGCAAGGAUCCAAGAUUACUUCUGGAUUUCCGAAGACGGACUAAAUAUUACAAGGUUUGGUAGUCAAACAUGGGAUUCUGCAUUCACUGUUCAAGCUUUACUUGCUACCAUCUCAUCGAUGAAAUCAGACCAGUGAUGAUGAAAGCACAUGACUUCAUUAAGAAA